CGAAAAGCAUGUGUUUCUGGUAGGGGUGGAGUGACGGAGGCCACUAUCGAUAAUGCACUUCAGAUCUGCUUAGCUAAGGAAAAGCAUGGCGACACUUUUUUCUAGCACCAGCCAUCGCGACAACGCCACUUCAAGACAUCGUCAUACACAUCGCAUCGGGCAUUUGCAACGACGCAAUAAUGCCGCCUCAAAUUAAGCAAGAUCUUAACCGGGCAGGCUGGGAGUCUACAGAUUUCCCUUCUGUCUGCGAAAAUUGCCUACCCGACAACCCAUAUGUUAAGAUGCUGAAGGAGGACUACGGCGCCGAGUGCAAAUUGUGUACGAGACCAUUUACAGUAUUCGCCUGGCGAUCAUCAGGUGCCCAAAGCCGCAAGCAACAAACCAACAUUUGCCUGACAUGCGCACGACUCAAGAACUGUUGCCAGAGCUGCAUGCUCGAUCUGUCCUUCGGCCUGCCCAUCGCCGUUCGUGAUGCUGCACUGAAGAUGGUGGCACCUGGACCCGAAUCCGAUAUCAACAGACAAUACUAUGCGCAGAACAACGAAAAGCUCAUCGAAGAAGGCAAAGGAACCGAAGGUUACGAGCAAACGGACGACAAAGCACGCGAGCUGCUCCGAAAGCUCGCUGCUAGCAAGCCAUACUUUAGAAAAGGUCGCCAGGUCGAUGAAUCGGAAGUUGCUAAUGCGACAGGAGGCAGCUCAGCUGUUGGCGCAGGCGUCGGCGGUCCCGGACCUGUUCGUACACGCGACAGCAAAGCAGCCAAGGCGAUGGGAGCCCGUCCUGGAGGCAAGGGCUUUCCAAGCGCAUCCGCUCUCCCGCCCACGCCUAAAGACUGGCUUCCUCCCGCCGAUACCAAGAUUAUGUCGCUGUUUGUGACGGGCGUUGAAGAUGACUUACCUGAGUUUAAGCUUCGCGAUUUCUUCAAGGUCCACGGCAAGAUCAAGAGCUUGGUCUGCUCACACAUGUCGCAUUGUGCGUUUGUCAAUUAUGAAACUAGAGAAGGAGCUGAAAAGGCUGCUGCGGCCUGUCAAGGCAGAGCUGUCAUUGCUGGAUGUCCUCUGAGAGUGCGCUGGGGUCAGCCCAAGGCGAUUGGCAACAUGGACAAGAGCGAACGUGCCAAGAUGCUUCAAGACGCACGCAUCAAGCAAACAGCGAAGAAGCGCCAACAGCAGGCGAUUGAAGGAGGAAGUGGAUUAGGCGUAGGUGGCAACCCUGCACCUGCAGUUGCUCUACCUCCUGGCGCGGCCGACGCUCCCAACUACGCCAGUUUGGCUGGAGAGUAAAGCAUUGUCAAUUUGCAUACAUGGUGUUUUUAGGCGUUUGGGAGAGUAUGAUGAAUUUGUACAUGAAAAGAAGUUGCGAUUCGAUUAGCGGGUAUCAUAUCGGCGUCAUAUUAUACAGUUUUAGUCUCUAUUAUACAGUAACAUGUUUAUUUGCAUCCGCAACC